AUGGGUAGGCAAGAGGCGGUCGAAAACCUUCCAGUGGACCCAUUCGGUAUACUAACUAAAAAGUUUGUAGCCUUCAAAGACGCUUUCUACAGAUGGCGCUAUCUCCCCUGGCUCAUUCUCCUCUCUGCAGCCUGGGAUGUUAUCCUGAUCGGCGGCAAGCGACGUGCCUUUGGUAUUUUCGUCUCAGCACUCCAUACUGACUACGUGAACACAACAAUGACCGAGCUGAACUGGAUCGGAGACAGUUAUGCCGCUUUGGGUUUUUUCCUGAUGCCUUUCGUGUCUACUAUAAUCAUCAAAAUGGAUCGCGGCUACCGUGGAGCAAUCCUGGCGGCAGGGAUUCUCAUUUUCAUAAGUUGUUUCACCUCAGCUGUGGUGCCCUCCCCUGGCUACCUCUUCUUCACCCACACCGUUCUACAUGGUAUCGGGUCAACCCUCAUCCUCUCCACAACGGCCCUCAUCACAGGCGAGUACUUUGAUAAAACCCAUCGGUUCCAUGUUCUGGCAACAGCCUUCGUGUCCGGAGGUCCCUAUGGGGUGCUGAUUUUUGGCCCUCUUUUCUCCCUCUGGACGCACGACUACGGCUGGCGCAGGGCAUUUGAGAUCUGCGGCGUUCUCUUCCUGGCCUCUGAAUGUAUUUCGGCACUUAUCUUCUAUCCCAAACCAGAUGAAAUGUACGAGGAGUUUCCCUCCGUGGAGGAUGUUAACGCUAAAGAGCGUGGCAGCGAAGGCCUUGCCAAUCGGCCACUAGUGGAGCCGAGAGCGGCCUCCGGCCGAGGCUGGGCUCUCUGCUCUUGGAGCCACCUUCGAGAGAAUCGGCAGAUUUUCCUUUGGGCACUGGAACGCCUACUGCACAACUUUGUCAUGUACGGCCUUCUAAUGAAUCUCACUACUUAUGUCACUGAGGCUCUAGACAAUGAAAUCAAACGCGGCUCCAAGAUCAAUCUGUACUUUGGGGCGGGUGAAUCAGCCAUCUUCACUGCAGGCGCUCUCAUCGGUGAUCGCAUUAGGGGCUACCUGCCUCUGACCUACCUGGUGGGUGCUGUGCUGGCCGCGAUGCUGUUGAUGUUUGCUCAGACCUACUACAAGAACAUCACUGCGGUGCUCAUCAUUGGGGGCUUUCUGGGUGCUGCGAUCGGCUCCGCCAAUACCUUCCUUUAUGCCACCGCGGAGGAGGUGAUGUUGGUGCACGGCUCUAUUGCCUUCCCCAUGACUAAGAUGAUUGCAGGUAUCGGCAUGUCGCUUGCACCGCUGCUCUCGGGCCUGAUUAUCGAUCAGUCAGGUUUUCGCGGAUUCUUCAUCUCCAUGACAGUAUUGGUGUGCAUCCGCGCUGUUCUGCUCCUUGGCAUUAACAUUAUCCUCUGGCGUAAGAAGAUUCAGCGCAGCCAACUGGCAGCGAAGACGGCUAAAGAGGCCGUAGAAACGACCCGCGUACAGCCGAUAAUAAUAACGACAACGGAAGACGGUGAACAUCGGCCCUGCGAUGCGGAAUAG